GAGAGGUUACUGUGGGGCACUAGGACCAUGAAGACCAGCAGCAGGAUGCUAUUGUUAGCAUCAGUAUGCUAGCAGAGACAAGUGUUGUAACAGGGAUUAAUGAACUACCUUUUUUAAUUGUAAUACUUGGAUUGAGACUCAGUCAUGUCUCAGGUGGAGAAGAAGGCUGGGCUGCUGAGGAGGACGUCAUCCUCUAAGAAACCCUUGAAAGAGAAGGUGGUGCUGAUGUAUGAUGAGAUUUUUGCUAAAGAGGACCCGGCCAAGAACAACCCACGGUUCUGGGAUGAGCUGUUUCUUAUGAAGGUGAACCUGGAGUACCUGGAGACCAAGUUGGAGACUGUCGAUGGGGAGGAAGUUCAGAAGAUCCAGGAUAACAUCAACUCUCUGUUCCACCACUGUGUCCAGGCUCUGGGAGAAGAGCACCAGAUCAAAGUAGUCAAUGCCCUGCAGACCCUCUGUGCACUUUUUCGAGGGGUUCACCAGAAGAACAAGUCUGCGUCUGGCUUCGACAUCAUCAACAUGCUCAUGGGCUUCGACAAAGCUGAGCAGAGGAUGAAGGACCUGAUGGAGAGACUGGACAGCCUUCUUUGUGGAGAAGGCUCAGAGAGUCUGAAGAGCCUUUGUCUCAAACUGCUGCUGUGUCUGGUGACGGUAACGGACAAUAUUAGUCAGAACACUAUACUGGAAUAUGUGAUGAUCAACAGCAUCUUUGAAGCCAUUCUACAGAUUCUGUCAGAUGUGUCCAGUAGAGGGCAGCAUGGUUAUGACGCUGUGGUCCUCCUGGCCCUGCUGGUCAACUACAGGAAAUAUGAGUCUGUGAAUCCAUACAUCGUGAAGCUCUCCAUUGUAGACGAUGAGCCAACACUGGAUGGAAUGGGUAUGGUGGUCCACCACGCUCUGACAGAAUAUAACAGGCAGUACAAAGACAAGGAGGAGGAGAACCAGGGUGGGUUCUUCUCCACCCUCACUAGUAUGGUGGGCAGCAUGUUUAUAGCCGACGCAGAUGAGAAACUCUCUGUACAGACCAAUGAGGCGAUUCUGCUGGCUCUCUAUGAGGCUGUGCACCUCAACCGCAACUUCAUCACUGUAUUGGCACAGAGCCACCCUGAGAUGGACAUCCCAACCACACCCACCACCCCCACUCCAACCACACCCACUACUCCACUGGGCACAACACCGCCAUCCUUAGACAUGAUGAACAACCCAGAGCUGCCUCUGGAUCCCAACCUGCAGACCAGCAACCUUCUCAUCACCUUCCUCAAGUACGCCUCCAUUGUAAUGCAGGACACUAAAGAUGAGCAUCGACUCAACAGUGCCAGACUGUGCCUCAUCAUCCUCACCUGCAUAGCCGAGGAUCAGUACGCUGAUGCCUUUCUUCAUGAUGACAACAUGAACUUCAGAGUCAAUCUCCACAGAAUGCCGAUGAGGCACAGAAAAAAAGCAGUGGACAAGAACAUCCCUUCACGCCCGCUGGUGUGUGCAGUUCUAGAUCUGAUGGUGGAGUUUAUUGUCACUCAUAUGAUGAAGGAUUUCCCAAUGGAUUUAUACUUGCGCUGUGUGCAGAUCAUCCACAAACUCCUGUGCUACCAGAAGAAGUGCAGAAUCCGAUUACACUACACCUGGAGAGAGCUCUGGUCAGCGCUCAUCAACCUGCUGAAGUUCCUCCUGUCCAAUGAGACGACGCUGCUGGCCAAGCACAACAUCUUCCAUCUGGCUUUACUGGUGGUGAACCUGUUCAACAUGUUUAUAACGUACGGCGACACGUUCCUGCCCACCUCCAACAGCUACGACGAGCUGUACUAUGAAAUCGUACGAAUGCACCAGGUGUUCGACAACCUCUACUGUAUGGUUCUGAGAGUAUCAACCAACACGGGCCAGUGGAAAGAGCCAGCCAGCAAAGUCACGCAUGCCCUUGUCAACGUUCGGGCCAUCGUAAACCAUUUUAAUCCCAAGAUUGAGUCGUAUGCUUCUGUGAACCACAUUUCCCAGCUCUCAGAAGAACAGGUGUUGGAGGUGGUUCGGUCCAACUACGACACACUGACGCUCAAACUGCAGGAUGGUUUAGACCAGUUUGAGAGAUACUCGGAGCAGCCCAAAGAGGCCGCCUUCUUCAAGGAGCUGGUGCGCUCCAUCAGUCUGAAUGUGAGGAAGAACGUCUCUCUGAACACGCUGAGUCAGGACGUCCUGCUUAAAGAGUUCUCCACCAUCUCCUGAGACUCACACACACACACACACACACACACACACACACACACACACACACACACACACACACACACACACACACACACACACACACACACACACACAUCCAGCCUCCUUCCCCCUCCAGACAGACAUACCCAGUGCAUUUGUGUGCGCAUGGACAUGAACGCAUAUUUUCACAAACAAAACCAACAAGUACAAAUUGUUCUUUCCCUGAUUUGUCUCGAGCCCUCAUGUCACGAUGGAAACAAACACUAACAGGCUGGAGGCACCCUAAGGAAGGACCUGAACAUUUUCCGGACUCGUUGAUAUGUGUGUGAUCAUUUAAAGGAAGUGCCCGUAUUGCACUGUUCCCUGUGUGCAAACUGCAGUAUUGGCUGGACUGUUAAGUGACACAUGAGAGUUUGGAUUUAACAGAAGUAUUUUUAACCCAGGUGUUCAUCUCCAAAGGUUCUGAUAAUGUUGUAGGUAAUCCUGCUGUUUAAACGCAUAACAGUACAGAUUUAUGAUUGAUCUCUCCAGUAAUUAUUUCAGAGGACUUUGACUUUAAACUUUAUGUCAACCUGAGCCUCUUUCAGUUUGAACCCUGCUGUAAAUCCACUUUCAUUUGAUCAUAAACUCAUUCUUUUUGGCUGAUGAUGGUCGUGGGAAUGGUAUUGUAAAUCUCUACAUGUUCGAAACAAAUGUACAAGUAUUUUGAAUUUACUUGUUUGCGAAACGGUAGAACUUUGAGCUAUAGUUAUCUUGAGAAUGCUCUGGAGUGAUACAUUUUUUUUUAAUGUUGUGGCAAACCUUUUCCUUUUGAUCAAAGCCAUGACUAACAUUCACUACUGCACGCACACGAGUCACUGUCUCUUUCAGUUCAAUAAAUGUGUCUGAAUGUGUUGAGUUUGAAGGAAAACUGUUCAAUCAACGGUUAUGAUCCAUUGAAGUGAUUAUUGAUGGUAUGUCUUUAGCACAUUGAGUCAGUUUAGCCAGGAAACACAAGGAACUCUUAACAUUUGAAAUGGUUAUUAUUGACUGAAAGCAGAUCUUAAUUAUGCAAUUUUCUUCAAGUGUAGGGUCUUGUUUCUUUCAUCUCUUAACUCCUGUAGGUUUAUUUAUGUUUCUUUUUUAAAUAAAAGUUUGUUUCCUAAUACUCAA